GGGAGGAAUCAUGGCAAUUGCGGGUUUUCGGUUCCGAAACUGAUAGCAAAAAGAUUACUUCGAGGAGACGCAAACGGAAUUCGGAGACGGCCGGGGGUCGCUAUUGGCACCCGGACCCCCCAUAAAUGGAGCAUGCCAGUGGCUCCCACAGAGGGCGUUCCCACCAGAGAGACCCCCAAGAAUAAACUAACACCAGCAGCCCGUAGACCUAUCAUCCAACUACACACAUAGGAUCAUAGAUUCAUCUCACACAUCAUAUCCGAUUCCUCAUCUCACAAACUCAUCCUAUAACAUACUCACUCACGUCGUUCCUCUCACUUCUUGCAACAUGGGCUUCACACCAGAGGUUUUCGAUGUCGCCACUGAGUCUCAGACGGCCGAGACGGCCAAGAAGUACGGACUUACCCCAGCCGAGGUGACUAAGCUUCACCAAAAGGCGACGGCAGCAAAGGCGACGGCAUACUGCCCUUACAGUCAAUUCCGUGUGGGAGCGACACUCUUAUCUAAGGACGGCAAAUAUACAUCUGGAGCCAACGUUGAGAAUGCCUCUUAUCCCGUUGGCACGUGUGCCGAACGAGUAGCGUUUGGCAAGGCCAUCACGGAGGGUAUUCGAGGAUUCAAGGCUGUCGCCGUAGCCACCGAUAUCGAAGCUCCGUGUAGCCCAUGUGGCAUGUGCCGGCAGUUCAUCCGUGAGUUCGUGGACCUGGAGACGCCUAUUAUCAUGUUCAACAAGGACGGAAAAUACGUCGUCAUGAGACUCGAAGCUCUUCUCCCGCUAUCGUUUGGCCCUGAGUACCUCCCGCCACCGGAUGUUCUGGAGAAGGCCCGGGCCGGUGGAAUUUAGGCCACUGUACAGUCCGUCAUCGUGUCGGACGGUUAGGUCAGAACCUGCUGGCGCAUGCGCUCAUCAGCCUUAAGUGUGUGGAAGGAAUUCUAUGCGGUGGUGACGAAAUAUUUACACGGCCUUCCUUGGUACAGUGUAAUGAGGUAUAAAUGAGUGGCGCAACCUGGCGGUGGGUGAUUUGGCGUUGAUAUCGGGUAAGGAAGGGAAAGUUUGCUUGGCCGGGGUGAUGAGAAAUGAGCUGCUUGAGUCAAGUUAGGUCGAUGCAGACGGGCGGUUGAUUAGCAUUCGAUCCCACUUUACGCCUUUGGCGGGAUCUUGCAUUGAGUUGUGGUCAAUGAUCUGUGGCCUUACCUAUCUAAAUCCCGAUCAGAUUUGUCACUCAUGAUGUGCUCCUGGCCCGUCGUAAUGCUUGGGACGCGUAUCAUGCCCAACAAAAGGUCCGAAGUACAAUUUGCUUAUAUAAAGCUAC